UGGAGAAAUGAAAACGCAGCGCACAUGGAGUAUCAGAGAAACACUUCAUACAGACUGUGUAAAACAAACACUCGUGUGUAUCGGGAGCAUCUCGCCAUUGUCGCUCAGCCCGAUGUGAAGCUGAGUCUGGUGAGGUCAUCAGAGAGGGACAAGCCGGCCAUGCUGAUGUGCAGUGCCUACAACUUCUCCCCAAAGCUGAUCCGAGUGACCUGGUACAGGGAUGGCCGCAGGGCCACCAGCGAUGUCUCAGCCACGGAGGAGCUGGCGGAUGGGGACUGGUACUACCAGAUCCACUCCCACCUGGAGUUCACCCCCAAAGCUGGAGAGAAGAUCUCCUGUGUGGUGGAGCACGCCAGCCUCAAGGAGCCUCUGGAGGUUGUAUGGGAAUCCUCCAUGGCCUCGUCAGAGAGGACCAAGGUGGCGAUUGGGGCUGCAGGAUUGAUGCUGGGACUGCUGGUCUGUUCUGCUGGACUGCUCUACUACAGAAAGAAGACUCAAGGUUAG